AUGGAGAUCAACACCACCAAUGCCAGCCUCUUUCCACAUGGUGAUGGAAACCCUUUGGAUCCCACCGCUCCAUCAUCUCGAAUAUCCAUCGACAAGUUACUCCCGGCUCUCUUGAAGUGCUUUGGCAUCAUCCUGUGUGGCUACGUAGCCGGCCGAGCCCGCAUCAUCACAUCUAGUCAGGCCAAAGGGUUAGGCAACUUUGUGUCCAAGUUUGCUCUACCAGCUCUCCUGUUUAAAAAUAUGGUGGUGCUAGACUUUAGUAACGUCAUCUGGCCCUUCAUUUGGAGCAUCCUCAUAGCCAAAGCAUCGGUGUUUGCCAUCGUUUGUCUCCUGACACUGAUUGUUUCCAGUCCUGAAAGUCGCUACAGCAAAGCUGGACUCUACUCUAUAUUUGCCACCCAAAGCAAUGACUUUGCUCUGGGCUAUCCAAUUGUGAAAGCCCUAUAUGAACGCACGCAUCCAGAGUAUCUCCAAUACAUCUACCUGGUGGCACCUGUGUCGCUGAUGCUGCUCAAUCCAAUUGGCUUUGCCCUUUGUGAGGUCCAGAAAUGGAAGGAUCAGAGAGACCACCAGCAGGGCAAAUUUCUUGUUGCGUUACACGUGGUCCUCCACGUCUUCAAGAAUCCUAUUGUUUUCAUGGUCAUCAUUGGCAUCACAGCCAAUUUCAUCCUGUGUCAGAAGAUACCUUCUUUCAUGGAAGACUUUGUGGAUGGUUUGGCCAACUCUUUUGGAGGAGCCGCUUUGUUUUAUUUGGGUCUUUCCAUGGUGGGACAACUGAAUAAAUUAACCAGGGCCACAGUUGUGACACUGAUAAUACUCUUGACUGCAAAAUUGUUUCUAAUGCCUCUGAUUUGUAAAGACAUGGUGGAUGUUUUGGACAAGGCCAGCUUUUCGAACCACUCGAGCCUCUCCAACUAUGCCUUUCUAUAUGGAGUUUUCCCAACGGCACCCAGUGUCGCUAUUUACGCCGCAUUUUACAACGCACAGCUGGAAGUGGUUAUUUCUGGAAUGGUGAUCAGCACUUUGCUCUCAGCUCCAAUCAUGUUCACCUCCGCUUGGCUGCUCACCCUGCGCCGGAUGGAUCCUCGGCUUCUGAUGAACGCGUUGCAGGGUGUCAGCUUUGAUAUAAGCAUUGUCAGUUUAGUAGCAGUGUUGUGGACCAUUGCAGUCAUGUUUUUUAGUAAAAAGUUCAAGAGGCUGCCUCACAUGUUUUCAACCAACCUUUUCUUUGCACAGCUCCUUACUUGUUUUGGAAUGAUCCUGUGGAAAUUUGUGGCUAGAAGGGACAACUUUAUUGUUCAGAUCUUGUGUUUUGCAAUACUUUGCACAUCACUCUACUGCACUUACAUCUGGCCAGGCUUAAUUGCACUCGCUCUUGUUCUACUGAGAAGGUUUGACCAUCUGAUGGCAUCUUCUGGCAUGUUUGUCAUUGCAGGCUGGGGGAUCCCAGCAUUCAUAACUGCAGUGUUGCUUAUAUGUGGGGAAAAACUACCUGACACCAUAGACUCGUCACUAUUUUACAGCAAACCGCAGAUCAUCUGCAGCACAUUUGUGUUGGGCUUAAGUGUAUUACUAUUAGGGGGUUCCCUGGUGAUUCUCAGUCGAGGAAGCUGGACCCAAAAAGAAAGAAGUAGGGGGGGAAACACCUCUGUGGAAGACCUUGAAACUGAACAAGAUGAUGACCCUUUGUUGGUACCGGAAGUGCAUUUGCCAGAUGUCAAAAGAGGGUGUCUCAGGUCUGAUUGUGCACCAACCCAGUCCAUGCCUGACAUGAUCAUCAGCACUAAUAUGGUCCACACAGCAACCACACCGACAGGUCAAAAUGAGAAUGUCAGUGAUUCGACAAUUUGCCUUGUGUUCAGAGUUGAGGAGCUCCAUCAGGAUGAAGAUAGACACGUGGCCCGUCAUGUGCUCUUUUGUCUGCUUCUGACUGUCUGCUUGCUGGCCAAUUUGUCCAGCUGCCUGUGGCUGCUCUUUUACCGAGAUCCGGGUACACUUUACGUGGAGCUGCAGUUCUUUUGUGCAGUUGCCAACUAUGGACAGGGUCUUAUCUCCUUUGUGCUGUUUGGCCUGGACAAACAUUCGGUUAUAUUACCGAUUUGGAAGAGGCUACACAGACUGUGGUAUGGAAAGAAGGAAGAAGAGCAACCGCAAAGUAAUAUCACUGAGGACAUCAGAAUGACCUGCGCAAACUUCAUCGAACACCAUAGAGAUCAGUGUUUCAACGACAUUGUCAAGAAGAGAAGGUGA